GCAGGAGGGGCACGCCGGGGCAGUGCCAGGCGUCCUGGCCCCCCGGUGCUGCCCUCGUGCCACCUCAGCGCGGCCCGCUGCCCAUCGGGUCGUGGCACCACGAGGGGUGCGGAGGCUGCCACGGUCCGCAUUGCCCUUUACUCCGAGCGCCGCGGACCUGCUCGGCCCCAAGCCCGGCCCACGCGACUCCCGUUUCUUUUCCCAAGGAGAAGGGCCCCCAUUUUAAUCUAGUGCCUGCAGUGCGUCCGGGGCUUUGCCUACGGUGUCGCACUUAGUCCCCUCCUCCGUAAGGUUAGGAGACUUCUUUAUGUCCAUUUCACAGAUGAGGAAGGAGCAGGGAAAUAACGUGACUUGCCCGAGGUUUCAGAGCAAGAGAAUGCCCAUGCUGGGGUUGAAACCCAGGUCUCUCUGACCCCAAAACUCAGGAUCUUCCCAGCACUGCGCCGCCUCUGGGAACUGCCGCAGAGAAUUUACAGUCCGCCCUUCCUGCACCCCCUCCCGCCCCACGACCACAGAUAAUCACAGUCACACGGACGCCGUGGUGGGGAAUGGCAAGAGGGCGGGGACGUUAUAGGGAGGCCAGCCUGGGCUAAGGGACGGCUGAUGCAAUGACCAGCGAAUCACUGUUUCUGAGAGGGUGUUUCACUGAUCUCCACCGGGUCCCCCCUGCCCCUGGUUGGACAGUCCAGUGAAGGAGGUGGGUCAGGAGGCUCAAGUGCUUCCCAGAAUCUGGGGACUUCUAAGAAUUCCCUACUUGCAUAUCACUGAAGGGCAGGAUAAACAGGAAUGGAAAAGAAGAGCCUUUUUUGACAAGGAAACUGAAAUAAAGCAGGGAGGAGUAUUUAAGACCACUUCUGACUGGGCAGGACCCUCUCGUCUGCCCAGCGUAACCGGCGGCCACCUCUGCAGUGUCUCCCACAACCUGGUCUUGUCCCGACCCCUGGACAUCCCCUGACGCCCCAGCCAGCUGUGAACCCAGGUCCUGGAAGAUGGUGGACGUGCUCGACCUCAAGCCCCGUCCCUCCCCGCUGGAGCUGUUCAACAGCAUAGCUGCUCAAGGGGAGCACGUGAGGGCCCUCAAAGCCGAGAAGGCGCCAAAGGAUGAAAUUGAUUCUGCAGUGAAGAUGUUGCUGUCACUGAAAAUGAGCUACAAAGAUGCCAUGGGGGAGGAUUACAAGCCUGACCGCCCUCCAGCGAACCCAGCGCUGCAGAGUAACAGUGGUCCAGAUGCCACAGAGGCUGAGGAGGAUUUUGUGGACCCGUGGACCGUACAGACGAGCAGUGCAAAAGGCAUCGACUAUGACAAGCUCAUCGUUCGGUUCGGAAGCAGCAAAAUUGACAAGGAGCUGAUAAACCGAAUAGAAAGAGCCAUUGGCCAGAGGCCACACCGCUUCCUACGCAGAGGCAUCUUCUUCUCUCACAGAGAUAUGAAUCAAGUCCUUGACGCCUAUGAAAAUAAGAAGCCAUUUUAUCUGUACACAGGCAGGGGCCCGUCUUCCGAAGCAAUGCAUGUCGGGCACCUUAUCCCGUUUAUCUUCACGAAGUGGCUGCAGGACGUGUUUAACGUGCCCCUGGUCAUCCAGAUGACAGACGAUGAGAAGUAUCUGUGGAAGGACUUGACCCUGGACCAGGCCUACGGCUACACCGUGGAGAACGCCAAGGACAUCAUUGCCUGUGGCUUUGACGUCAACAAGACGUUCAUCUUCUCGGACCUCGACUACAUGGGGUCAAGCCCAGGCUUCUACAGGAACGUGGUGAAGAUCCAGAAGCAUGUCACCUUCAACCAAGUGAAAGGCAUUUUCGGCUUUACUGACAGUGACAGCAUUGGGAAGAUCAGUUUUCCUGCCAUCCAGGCCGCUCCCUCCUUCAGCACCUCGUUCCCUCAGAUCUUCGGAGGCCGGGCGGACGUCCAGUGCCUCAUCCCAUGUGCCAUCGACCAGGACCCUUACUUCAGAAUGACGAGGGACGUCGCCCCUAGGAUCGGCUACCCCAAACCAGCCCUGCUGCACUCCACCUUCUUCCCCGCCCUGCAGGGCGCCCAGACCAAGAUGAGUGCCAGCGACCCCAACUCCUCCAUCUUCCUCACCGACUCGGCCAAGCAGAUCAAGACCAAGGUCAACAAGCACGCCUUCUCGGGAGGCAGAGACACCAUGGAGGAGCACAGGCAGUUUGGUGGUGACUGCGACCUGGACGUAUCAUUCAUGUACCUGACCUUCUUCCUGGAGGAUGAUGACAGGCUGGAGCAGAUCAGGAAGGAUUACAGCAGCGGAGCUAUGCUCACCGGGGAGCUCAAGAAGGAGCUCAUAGAAGUCCUGCAGCCCCUGAUCGCCGAGCACCAGGCCCGGCGCAAGGAGGUCACCGACGAGGUCGUGAAGGAGUUCAUGACCCCCCGGAAGCUGUCCUUCGACUUCCAGUGACGCCCAUCUUGGUAGGAGGAGAGGUGUCUGUCCGUGCCCCCAGUUCAGCCGAGUGCCACUCCCGGGCUGCCGUCCAGAAGCCCGUGUCCGUGAGCGACACCGUUUCUCCCUGUCUUUCAGUUCUCUCUCGGGGGGUGAGAAGCACUGCGUGGAGACCGGGUUCUGACUGGCAGCGUGUGUGGAUGGAGAAUCCCGCUGCAGGUCUCUUGCAGAACAGCCCGGGUAUGCGGAGUCUGGCAGGAAGUCCGUGGGCUGUCCAGCCUGGUCCACCGAGGACUGUCCAUCUGAAAGCAGCCGAGGGUCCCAGAGAGACUCACAACCUGCCCUGUAAAAUAUGUGCCCCGUGUCUGCGUGUGGAGCAGCAGCCUCGUGUAUAUAUGUCGGGAAAUGAAAGCGUGCUUCGGGAGGCUGGUGUGGGCCGUGUAACUGGCACAAGAUGUAUUUCAGCCUAUGCCAAAACAGAAAAUGACAGCUAGAAGCUGCCGUACAAUGACCAAGAAACCACCCUGCUUUAAAACUGCUUUUAACGCGGA